UCUGCUCAUUGGUGACAGAGGAAAGGCAUCUAUAAACACAUGGUUCCUCCUUCACUUCUCAGAGAUGAGAGGAGCAGCUAUGAGUCUAACUGCAGCAGCGAGUGGAUUAGUUGUCUUCCUGCUCUCUGUGUCAGUGGUUCAGGGUCAGGGUGGCUGGGGAGUGACUUACUCUUCGACUAAGAUCUGUGCAGUGAAAGGAUCAACAGUGGAGAUAAGAUGCAGCUACACAUUCCCAUCUCCAUGGAGAGGCAGUGUUAUCACAGUGGAGAAAACAUUCUGGUUCACUAAAUGGAAAGGUGGUGUACGUGUAGAUCUGACCACAGACCCAGAGUAUGCAGGUCGUGUAGAGGAUCUCUGUGAAAACAACAUCUGCACUCUGAGAAUCAAAAACCUGACAGAGAGCGACUCAGCUGAGUACUGGUUCAGAUUUGAAACAAACCAAGGAGGAAAAUAUAGUGGUUCACCUGGAGUCACUUUGUCCGUCUCAAAUCUCCAGGUCACAUCAGGUACAAACAGACUGUUUUGUCAGAACAGUUGUCCUCAAUCUUCUAAUCCUUCCUACAUCUGGUACAAGAACGGACAAAGUAUUCAGGGAGAAACAUCUGAUUAUACAAGCAACCCAAACAAUGCAGACAGUUAUUCCUGUGCUUUGAAGGGAUAUGAGGACUUUCCCUCUCCUCCAGUGUAUGGUCCAAAGCUCCCCUCUGUGUCAGUGAGUCCCUCUGCUGAGAUAGAGGAGGGCAGUUCAGUGACUCUGACCUGUAGCACUGAUGCUAACCCAGCAGCUAACUACACCUGGUACAAGAAGAAUGGAAAUCAGAAACUUCCUCCUCUCACUACAGAACCAAAGCUUUUCUUCAGCCCCAUCCAGUCCUCUGACUCCGGACAGUAUUUCUGUGCGGCUGAGAACGAGCUGGGGAAACGGACAUCUGAAAUGAUCUCUGUUGAUGUGAAAUAUGCUCCAAAGCCUCCCUCUGUGUCAGUGAGUCCCUCUGCUGAGAUAGAGGAGGGCAGUUCAGUGACUCUGACCUGUAGCAGUGAUGCUAACCCAGCAGCUAACUACACCUGGUACAAGAAGAAUCAAAAUGAACACCUUUCUUCUGUCAAUGAAGCACCACGUCUCGUCCUCAGCUCCAUCCAGUCCUCUGACUCCGGACAGUAUUACUGUACGGCUGAGAAUAAGCUGGGGGUGAAAACAUCUAAAAACAUCUCCAUUGAUGUGAAAUAUGCUCCAAAGCUCCCCUCUGUGUCAGUGAGACCCUCUGCUGAGAUAGAGGAGGGCAGUUCAGUGACUCUGACCUGUAGCAGUGAUGCUAACCCAGCAGCUAACUACACCUGGUACAAGGAGGAUGAAGACUCUCCAAAAGCUUCAGGACAGAUCUUCAACAUCACUGACUUCAGAGCUGAACACAGUGGCAGUUAUUCCUGUGAAGCCCAGAACAAGUUAGGACGUAGUAACUCCAACUUACAUCUGAGUUUGGUGAAAGGAGGAUCAUGGAAGCUACCAGCUGCUGUAACAAUCUCUGUUGUUCUCCUGGCUGUCAUUUCUCUCUCUGUCUUCCCGUGGAUCAGAAGAAAGAGGGCUUCUAGGGACUCCUCUGAGAGUGAAGAGAGAGCGGACAACAGGGAAGAGUGUGUACCUGAUCAGCCGGAGCAGCAGGAGGACCUUCAGUAUGCCACCGUUCACUUCUCCAACAACCGGGCAGACCCUCUUGACUCCAAUUUGAGAGCAGCUCUGCCCUUCAGACACACGGAGCAACAGGAAGUCUCGGAGUACGCUGCCGUCAAGUUCAGCAGUGCUGCCCCGAGGACCAGAGGGCAGGACUCUGAAGAGGAUCCAGCUGCAUUGUACAGCACGGUCAACAAAUCCAGAUAAACACAGCAGGCGUUGCAUUUAUGUUCUAAAAUGUCUGUGAUUCUUUUACAGUAAAAUGUUUAAAAACGGCUUCACUAAGUUUAUACAUUCAACAGUCUUUAUCUUAUGUUUUACUUGGAGUGGGUCACCAGUAUUGAACAUUGAAUAUACAGUCUUUUCAAUUUACAUGAGUUUUUUAAACACAUAUUAUAGUAUCAUUAUAUUUCUAAUUAUGCAUAGCUAUUUAUUUUCCGAUAAAGAAUACAAAAAUAAAACUCACUGCAGUACUCCAAAGUACCCCUAGGGGUAGGCAGUUCAGUGAUUUGUUUUUAUGACUUGCAACCUUUGGAUGGACUGUCUUUACAUUUGGUUCAAAUAGUGGCGCUCCAAUGAUAACUCUUUAUUAUUUGAAGGAUGACCUUUCGUUUGACUACUAUUGGAUUGAGUGACAUGCAUCUCCCACAGGAUAACAUUAUAUGGUUCAACCUGAAUGUUAAUAUAUGCAUUAAGUUUUUUUAUCUAUUUGAAUAUUCAAAUUAAUAUUCAUGAAUUAAGUACAAAUAUACAUGUUUGCUAUUGAAAAACACAUUGGGAUAUUACAGAGGAACAUAAAUUAGCUGAUGUAGCUGCAGUUUCACACUGCUGCCACUAGGGUUUAGUAAAGAGAAGUAUUUCACUCAUAGAAAACUAUUUCCAAGAGCUUGUCAACUAUAAUUCUCUUUUGUGUGUGUACCGACUAUGUUUUGUAUACAGUAUCCUUUGUUUUCCUUUUUCAUGUUCUGUUUUGUAUUGAUUUACUUUAAUAAA